AUGCCUCCAAAGCAGACAGCCAUGCGUCCCAAGCCGUUCAAGCGCGAAAAAACAACCGUACCUCCAAAGCCGUUCAAGUCCAAGGGUGGCAAGGCCAAGUCCACCAAGCCAUCAACGAAGAAGCGAGUUGUCGUCCACAAACACGUCAAGACGGUGGUCCACGUCCACACGUCGGCUAGUCAUCCUCCAGCCUUGAGCUACCCACGUCCUCAUACCACUACCUCUCCCACUGCGAAUGCGCCUGGCCGUGUUACGAUCUACGUGCUCGCGCUCACCCACGGGAAGUUUUACGUGGGCAAGACGUCUCGUCCGAACGUCGAGGACCGCUUGGACGAACACAAGCGUGGCAACGGCUCGGCGUGGACCAAACGGUUCCCUCCCCUCUCGGUGGCGGACGUGAUCCACAAUGCGGAUCCGUUUGAUGAGGAGAAAGUGACCAAGCAGUGGAUGCUCCAGCACGGUGUGGCCAAUGUGCGAGGCGGAAGCUACUCGCGCGUGGAGUUGCCGCCCGAGCAGAUCGCAUCAAUUGAGAACCAGCUGAGGGGCAUCACGGACCAGUGCUUCAAGUGUGGACAGAGCGGCCACUUUGCGAACAAGUGUACAGCAGUAGUAGAGGACGACGACAGUAGUGAGGAGGUCGAAGAAGAGGAGGAGGUUUGUGGACGCUGUGGACGUGAGGGCCAUGACAAAUCGGCAUGUUACGCCAAGACGCACGGGAAUGGAGUCAACUGGUGUCUCCGUUGUGGCCGGGAGGGCCACGAAGAUGCUUCAUGCUACGCGUCAUCUCACUCCGUGCUCUCAGAGUUUCCCGAUGAAUGUUGUGCUCGUUGUGGCCGAGAGGGCCACGCACGAGCCCAGUGCUACGCCAAAACGCAUGCUUCGGGGGCACGGCUACAUAACAGUAAAACACAAUAA